CGGUGCUGAACGCCAGCCGCUGCUUAUUGCCCGCGGGCUCCCCACCGCGCCCAAGUCGGCUGUGCGAGCGGUGCGAUUCCCAGGCGCUAGCGCUCGAGCCGGUGCGCUCCCAGGGCAAGCACCGAAGCUGCUGGAUCCCCGGGGAGCGCAGGAGCCGCUCAUAGACCAGGCUGCUGCAAUCUCACGGCCAGCGGAGGACCAUCCCUGCCGCUCCGCGUCGGGGCUGCGAGAGGAGGACAAGGACAUGCUGGGCGGCGGCAGUGACUCGGGCCUGGCCACCGCCGCGGCGCGGGGGCAGGUGGAGACGGUGCGGCAGCUCCUGGAAGCCGGCGCAGAUCCCAACGCCAUCAACCGCUUCGGGAGGCGCCCGAUCCAGGUCAUGAUGAUGGGCAGCGCCCAGGUGGCAGAGCUGCUGCUGCUCCACGGAGCCGAACCCAACUGCGCCGACCCCGCCACUCUCACCAGACCGGUGCACGAUGCGGCUCGGGAGGGCUUCCUGGACACGCUGGUGGCGCUGCACAGGGCAGGGGCGCGGCUGGAUGUGUGUGACGCCUGGGGCCGCCUGCCGGUGGACCUGGCUGAAGAACAGGGCCACCGUGAUAUUGCGAGGUAUCUGCAUGCUGCCACUGGAGACUGAUGGCAGGUUCGCUCAGCCUCCGGCAAGGACUUUUUUCACCCCACCACCAUCUAGGCAGACUGCAAGCGUGAAGGAGAUACUUUUUUCACCCCACCACCAUCUAGGCAGACUGCAAGCGUGAAGGAGAUACACUCGGCAGAACUGGCAAGCCUUCCAAAACUCAAAGCCUAUCCAGGAAGGCAAAGCCAAUCAGAAAUAACUUCCCAAGUGUUUUCCUGCAUCUGGAUCUAGCCCUCUGUUCUCACCCUGAAGCCAAAGGGAUCAGCAAUUUGAUUUAGUAUUGUGUGAAGUUCCCUGGGCCCUUUACCUUUCAGGACAUUGUGUAAAAUAACAAGAGAAGUUCUUGAAUCUCCACAAUAUGAUGUGGAAGUGGGAAGUGGAGAGAGUGGUGAUUGACAUUUGGGAGGUAACAGUCAGUACCUUCCCCUGUGAACUCCCAAUGUAGAUGAUCCCCAGGCUAGAGGGAAACCCUGGAGACUAGAUGAGCAUCACUGAAGUGCCCCUGGGGCUUUAAGCACUGUGUCACGUCAUGCCUGGUGAUUCACCUGCAAAAUGGCAUUCUGCUGAAAGUGAGGACUCCUCCCCAGCUCCACCUGGAAGAUGACAGCAGAUGUCUGCUAAACUCUAUGAACCACGGUUGCUUGAUGGUCUGGUUCCUGACAGACUCAACCUACACAAAGUCCAAUGGUGAAUCGUAGUAUGUAGCAAUUUGCUCUACUUAAAUAGUUUAGGAACCCCUCUAGGAACUUCCUACUUUUGAGUUCUUUAGAAACAGUGUAUUUAAUGAGUUACACUUUAACAGUGUUAACUUCUUCUGGUCCUCAGCAGAGGUGGACUGAAGUGCAGCUUGUUUUUGUUUGGUUGGUUUUCCUUCCUUCCUUCCUUUUUAAGGCAGCACUUUCCAGUGUAGCUCAAGCUAACCUCAAGUCAUGGUACCCCUGCCUUAGCCUCCUAAGUACUGGGCUUGUAGCAGGCACCCCUUCUUUAGUACAGAGUCCUAGGGAAACUGUGACAUGUGGCACACUCCUAGUGGCAGUGCACACCCUGCUUUCAUCCUCUUUAUUUCUCUGUUCACUGUUUCCUGUAUAGUGAGUGUCUCAGGAGAACUAUGCUGGUGUCCUUUUAAAUGACAGACGCACUUAUUAUCCUAGUCAGUUACCUUGGGCUACUUCCUAAAGGGUUGGAAAAAGAGGUUAAGUAUGAACUUAAAUGACAACUUGUGGGCUGCCUUGCUUGUCUACUGAACAAAUUGUGGGUACACUCUGUGGGGCUUCCAUUGUGACUUAGUUCAUUACAGCAUUGAAACGAUUGAUACAUCCUUGUUUUAAUAAAGAAUAAACAGCAUAGAUAGACUCCA